CAUAAAGCAAGAAAAAUUAGUAAAUAACAUCAUAGUAUAGUGAGUUAUAAUAUUCAAAAUAUUUUGAACUUUAAACAGCACGGUCCCACUUUUCUUCUUCUUCUGCUUUUGCUAUUAACAGCGUUUCAUUGAUACUGCCUUUGCGCCAACUUAACGUAAACAUCGGACGGUCACAUUGUUCGUGAAAGAAGAAGGCGAGAAACGUGCUGCGCCAAAUAUAUUGUCAACCAACUAAAAAUAUAAUAAAAUUAGUUUAAAAAAUGAGUGGAAAUGUAAAGAAAGCGGUGGCAGUUUGCGACUAUUGCAAAACUGAGAAGGAUAGCAGCCAGAUCUAUUCAGGCCGCAAACAUUUCGCGGGGUUUAAGAUUGUUGACAUACUUAAAAUUAUCACCAAACUCGAAAUACCAACAAAUACGCCCAUCAAACUGUGCACCAUGUGCAUUUCAACAUUACAUGCCACAAGCGGCGUCAUCGAGCGUGCCGGUGAAAUGAUCAACCAUUUGGUGCCGCUUCCUAAAAAUCAGGCUGGUGUUGCCAAUAAGACCAAUAUUGAAAUUAAUGAUAAACCUAUACAGGUGCCAAGUGAUUCUGAGCCAGAGGAGCCUGACGAACCGACACGUCAAGAGAUAUUUAAUUCACCAUCCAAAAACAUGGCGGCCACAAAUGGAACUUCAACGGUGUUUAAAAAGCAAUUGGACAAAUCUCCAAAAAAACAACUUUUCAGCACUGGAGGUCCCUCUAAACUGAACGAAAGUUUGAAGCACGUGAUAAAAUUAACUCCAGCUGAUGGUGCUGCUAACAAGAGCACAGCCUUUAGUCAAUUGUUUGGCAACAGUGUAAAUCAUAUUUCUGAUAGCGACGGCAGCAGCGAUGAAGAGGAAGAGGCUACCAAGGGGCCCGAAGAGAAGAGGAAUAUUGCCACCAAUUUCGAAUGUAAAUUGUGCGAUUUUAAAUCCGUAUAUCCCAAUCCCAUGAAGAUUCACAUGAAAACUAUACAUGACCAGAAGCGCCCUCGCAUCUACGAUUGCACGAAGUGCCACAAGUGUUUCGGUUUACUUAAAACUUUGAAAGUUCACCUGCUAACACAUGGAAUGGUCGAGGAGAAGGAGAAAGAGAAUAAGAAGGAGAAGGAGAAGGGAGCACCCGAUGUGACACUUGCGCGGCUGACCGCUUUGAAUCCAAAACCAAAAGGCUUAAAGAAUGGAGAGCUUACGUUUGCCGUUCAGGACACCAAUUCAUCCACUCCAAAACCUGGCGAACCUCUAAAGGUGAAACCGGUGUCAAUCAAUUCAUUUAAAUGCGAUAUUUGCCACGAAGACAUCAAAGGCAUUAAGGCCUUCCAAAAGCACAUGACGAUUGUGCAUAACAUUGAGAAGCCUAAGAUCUUUAAAUGCCCUGAAUGCGAAUCUGAGUUUAUGCACAAGAGCACCAUGGGGAAGCAUAUAAAAAUGAAGCAUGGCGAAGGGGCGGAGUUGAAUGUUCCGCGCCGUCGCAAGACUAUCGACGAGCGUGCACUACUAGGUAACAUGGAAGGUGGCGAGAAAAUUAAAAAAACCAGCAAAAAUUGCGGCUCGUCGCAAGACAGUCACCUAAAAAAGCCAAAGAAAUCAACUCAGCAGCUAAUCACCGAGUCGCUCAAGUCAUCGCCAAAGAUCGCCAAGUUGAGUGACAACAACAACAAAGAGAACGCAGCCAAUCUGCAGAAUGGCACGGCAAUUGAGGAGGAGAAGAAAAACAUAUCCAAGAAAGACAUUGAUGUAAUUGACACCUCACAGAUUACACCAUUAAAUACUGAAUCGCCGAAGAAGAAGGCCAAGAAAGACGGCGAGGUGCUAGCCUCUCCGGCACUAAGCGUUGGCACACCAAAGAAGACCAAACCGAAGAAGGACAAAGAUGGAUUCGCCACUCCACAGAACACACCAAUCGCCACUCCAAACAAGGUGAAGCGCAAGAAGGAUACACUCGACACAUCACAGUUGUUGAUAAACAAUGGCAAUGAAUCUACCUCCGAGACGCCCAAAAAGUCAAACAAACGCAAGCAUAAGCUAUCGGAAUCAUCGCCAAAGCUUGUUAUCGAUGAGGACUACGAAGAUGAGACCACAAAGCAGAGCCCGCUCAAGAAGUCAAAACAAGAAGAGUUUAUAGACGAUGAUAUCAUACUAUUCGAGGAGGUGAAUUCGAAUCCAUUGCCACAUCGCCGUGAAAUGCUCGAAUCCAUGUCACAGGACAGCAUCGAUACCAGCUCCGCAUUGUCCUGCAGUCAAUGCAACAAAGUGGUGAGCACCCGCAAGCGUUUGGAUUCCCACAUCCGUAAGAAGCAUUCGGGCCAUCUCAAGUGUCGCGAAUGCUCACAGAGCUUCACACAGAGCAACGACUUUGUUGGCCACUUUGCUAACUGCGUUGCUUUCGAGCGCUUGGCAUGUGGUGUGCAAAACUGCGACAAGGUCUUUGCAGCGGCGAAUUUCCUUAGCGCACAUCUUAAAAAGAAACACAAGUUUAAUUAAGUGACGGACCAGAUACAAGAUCCAUAAUGGAUGGAAACAUAUCCUAAUAGUUGUUAGAAUAUAACGUUGCAACGUUGGCCAUUUGAAGGAUGUCCCACCGACUGAGGUCUAUUUUUAAUUGUUUGUAUAAUUUUACUUAGCAUAAACUUUGUACCUAAAGUACAAAAAAUU